UGAUUGGACUGGACCCGACCGAUAAAACCCAUCAUUAGCAACACACCUCCAACCAGAUUUGCAUAAAUACAUGAAACUGGAAAGAUUUCCUUCAUUCUCUCUGAACCCAUCACCACCAGAACAUUAACUCUUUUUGAAACUUUCUUUUACAAAAUGUCGACCCCAAAAUAUCGCUUGGUUUACUUUGACGUGAGAGCGUUGGGAGAACCAAUCCGGUGGUUGUUCAACUACGCUGGAGUUGAAUUUGUGGAUGAAAGAAUCCCCUGGGAUUAUCCGACUUGGUUUGCAAAAACGAAACAAAACUACUUCAGCACCGUGGGUCAGGUCCCCGUCUUGUACGAGGACGGGAAACCGGAACUCGGCCAAUCUCAGGCGAUUUCUCGAUAUCUGGCAAAGCAAUUCAACUUGACUGGCGACAAUAUUCGAGAAGAUGCCAAACUGGACGAAAUUAUUAGUCAAGUUUUUGACCUGUUCAUUUGGUGGCGGAUGUAUCUAAUUUUCGAAAAAGAUCCCGAACGGAAAAAGGCCAACCGCAUGUUGGUCGAUGGACGUUUAUCUGCGGCUUAUACGACGUGGAAUCGUGUCCUGGUUGAGUCUCAGGGUCCGUACAUUCUUGGGAACAAAUUAACCCAUGCGGACUUCUGGUUGGCCCAUUUUGUCAGUGUCUUUGAUGAUCCUAUGGAAGGCGAUGAACCUAUUAUGCCUCCAGGAUAUCCACGACCAAAUGAAUCCGAUUUAUACGUCGGGUUUUCGAAUGGAUUUCCUGCCCUGAAAGCGCAUAAGGAACGGAUCCAUGCACUUCCGGAAAUUAAAGCGUGGAUUGAAAAACGUCACAAAACUAUUGCUUGAUUUCAUAUGCAUAAAAUAAUUCUGUAUUUAUAGAUGAAUAAAAUGUUAGAGGUAAUUUGUACAUAUCGUUUGCCAACAAUUUCAUGAUCAUUACAUACAUUGUAGAUGUCGAUUGUCGUCCUAAAAUUUUAUAUUACUUGGAAGAAUAAAAUGCAAAAUCCAAUC